AUGUGUGCCUUUGCAGGCUGGUUAAGAUCUAUUCGAUCCACCGACCCAGCAGCGAUCUCAGUGGCAGUGGCAGGUGGAAGUGGCUUUACAAAGCAAUUGAAAGCCAGCGGACGGUGUCCCUUGUGCUUAGGUAAUGUGGCGCAGGUGGACUACCUGCUCAACAAAUACAAGAAUCAGGAGGAGUUUUUGUAUACAAGUGUUUGUUCCAAGUAUUCCAUCUCGCCCAGCUGGGACGGUCAGCAGCCUUUGCCUUUGCCCGUGCGAACUCGGCCGCCGCCCAAUGCCAACUCGGUGGCCACGGCGAGAGCGACCAGCACGACCAACUCAAGGGCGACCACUUCCGCUUCACCGGUCAGACCUGUUCAGGCGCCUGAAGGCGACGUGCCUCCCUGGGCCGUUGGCAAGCGCAAGGCGCUUUCUGCGACGGCACCGCCGAAGGCCAAGGCCAAGGUGAAGGACCCCGAACAGGAAGCCAAAGAGAUCAGUGAGGCCUUAGCUGCUCUGCAGACACUCACGGAGGAUCUCACGCAGGCAGUGCCGAAGACGCCGCCUGAGACGCCGAAGGCGGCCGCGUCAGCGGUGCCGAAGACGCCACCAGCGGUGCCGAAGACGCCACCAGCGGUGGUGCCGAAGACGCCACCAGCAGUGCCGAAGACGCCUCCCGAAGUGCCAAGGGAGGAGCCAAAGGCAGCUGCGGCGCCGAAGGGCGCGGCCGAGCCGCAGGGCCCGGCAGCGGAGACGGUGGCUGAGUCUGAGGACCCACCGAAACCUGCUGGACCGGCGGAAGCUUCGGCCGCCACCGCGCCCGCCGCUCCGGCACGGCGGCCGCCCACGCCACCGCGGCCCAGACGGCGCAUGGCGGAAGAGGUCACGGCCACGGACCCCCGCCGCCGAAUAUUGGAAGAAGAUGAUGAUGAAGAAGUGGUAGUGGUCAGUGUGGACGGUCGAGAUCCAGGCCACGAGAUGGAGGAGGAUGAGAAGCUAGGAGAGCAGAUGAGAAAAGCCCUCGGUGCUUCCUUGACCAAGGCCUUCGCAAAGGGCAGGGCUGACAUUGAGGAGUCUGAUGCGCCGCAGAUGGCCCUUCCUGUGGAGCCCGUGGUGGAUCCACCGGACGCGGUGGAUCCACCGGACGCGGUUCCGGGUGGCCAGGACGACGCCCGCCGCGCUGCCGCAGCAGCUGCGGAAGUCGCCAAGCACAACAAGGCUGAGGAUGCCUGGAUUAUUGUGGAUGGUGAUGUCUACGAUGUGACCAAAUUUGCGGGUGUUCAUCCCGGUGGCACACAGAUCCUUUUGGAGUAUGCUGGAAAGGAUGCCACGGAGGAUUUCUACGCGUUGCACCGCCUGGAAGUCUUGGACAAGUACCAGCGCCUGAAGAAGGGGCGCUUGGCAGAUGCCAAAGGUCCUCCACCCAAGAAGGCCUCAGAGGUCUUGCAGGAGUUCAGCAAAGUGCCCUUUGCGGAGCCAACGUACCUCCAGGGCUUCAAGUCUCCCUACUUCGACUCAAGCCACAUCAAGCUCAGGCAGGAGGCGCGCAAGUUCUUUUGCGGUGAGACCCUGGAAGAGGCCUUGGAGUGCGAACAGAAGUCCACCGCACCAAGCAAAGAGAUGCGAAAGCGCAUGGGCGAACUGGGUUUGAUUGCCAUGGUCCAGGGCCCAGGACCUCACUUGAAGAUCCCUCCCUCCCUUUGCGGCGGUGUGGUGAAGCCAGAGGAGUUCACCUAUUUCCAUGAGAUGGUCGUCCAAGAGGAGCGCUGCCGCACCAUGUGCCCGGGCUACGAGGAUGGUCUCGACGGCGCGGUGUCCAUUGGUUUGCCCGUGCUCCUGAAGUAUGGCUCAGAUUGGAUGAAGAAUGAAGUGGUGCCUCCAAUCAUCAAGGGCGAACAGACCGUCGUGCUGAGCAUCACCGAAGCCUUCGCCGGCUCCGACGUGGCGGGGCUCCGGACCACGGCGGUGCUGGACGCCAGUGGGGAGAACUACAUCGUGAACGGCACCAAGAAGUGGAUCACAGGGGGCAUGUACGCGGAUUGGUUUGUGACCGCGGUGCGCACGGGGAAGCCCGGUGCCGGUGGUAUCUCCAUGAUGUUGAUCCCCCGAUCCGAUGCAGUUCAGACGAAGAUCAUGAAGAGCAAAUAUUCCAGCUCUGCGGGCACAGCCUACGUGACCUAUGAGAACUGCGUGGUGCCCAAGAAGUACCUCAUCGGAACCGAGAACAAGGGCUUCCAGAUCAUCAUGUCCAACUUCAACCACGAACGUUGGAUGAUCACUGUGGUUUGCAUCGCCCGUGCCCGCAUGUGCACCGAGGAGACCUUCAAGUGGUCCAUGCAGCGGAAGGUCUUUGGAAAGCCCCUCAUUGAGCAGCCUGUGAUCCGUGAGAAGCUGGCACAGAUGUUCGCUGGGGUGGAGACCUGCACCCAGAUGCUCUACGACAUCACUUACAACAUGGUUUCCAUGGGUUCUCAGGGUGCUGAGGUGGGCGCCCGGAUCGCCUUGUUGAAGUACCAGGCCACGCGCAUGAAUCACCUCGUGGCCGACAACGCGGUGCAGGUCUUCGGCGGGCGAGGCGUCACCCAAACAGGCAUGGGACGUGUCGUCGAGGUGUUCUCGCGCAUGUACAAGAUCCCUGCAGUCUACGGUGGAAGCGAGGAGGGGCACUGGCCACUCAGCGGCAACGAAUGGACCAAGGAGUGUGGUGGCUCUCGACCCGAGAUAGGCCUGGCGGUCCAGAGCGACUCCGACAGCGAGUCGGAGUACUCCAGCAUGAGCUCUGAGGAGGCGAUGGCGGAGCCAGUGCAAACAGUGCCUCCUCCAGGCGCUUCUUCGGUGGUGCCAGCCAAGGCCUCUAAGGAGGCCACGGCCAAUGGCAGGAAGAAGGCCAACAGGAAGAAAGAGGAUCCGGCGGUCCGAAACAAGUUGCUUGGCCAGAUUUUCUUAGAGCUCUCCAACUUCUGCGGCACGCCCAAGCGCCGCUUCGUGCUCGCGAGUCUCUUGGCAACCGUUACCACGGCCUUGGAUGUGGUGGUGGUUGGGGCUGGGAUGGGCGGCCUGAGUGCUGCAAAGAAGCUCCAAGAGAACGGUCACAGCGUCACCCUCUUGGAGGGAAGAGAUCGCAUUGGUGGUCGUACGUGGACCAGCUAUGACAAGGAUGGGUACAAGUACCGAGCAUGGGAGCUUGCUAGCUAUGAAAGCUAUUGCUGGAGCGCUGAGUCAUCAGGGUAUGAAACUGGUGGACCGGAACUUAUAUUCCUUGACGGCUACAACACCUUGACUGACAACUUAACGGCACAAUUUCAAGCUGCAGGUGGCACAGUUGUGACGAGUGCCACAGUAACCCAGGUCAACUACUGCAUGGGUUUCAGCCAGGGAGGAGAGCGCGCAUCCUGCACUGCGACUGUGAAAACUAUCCAAACCGGUGGCUCGGCAACGGCUGACUACACGGCCAAUGCUGUAGUUGUGGCUGUGCCAUUGGGUGUGCUGCAAGCCAAUGCAAUCACUUUUUCCCCAUCUCUUCCUGCCUCAUACACUGCUGCCAUUGCACGGAUGCAGUUUGGUGUUGUGAACAAAGCCGUGGCAGUUUUUGGCACUGACUUUUGGUCUGCCGGAUGCAACAACGAACUCAUGCUCGCCAUCAACAAGCAGAAUGCCACCAUCGACUCGCGCGGCAUGUUCCCAUACUUCAUGAACACCAAUCGCUUGUGGCCAGGGAAGAAUGCCUUGACGGGUUUUGCCGUUGGGAGAUAUGCCAUUGCUUCUGAACAGAAGACGGAUGCAGAAGUGCAGGCCGAUUUCAUGUCCAGAAUCCGUCAGCAAUUUCCAAGUGCUCCCGACCCAACACACUUCAUUCGAACAAAGUGGGGCUCUGACCCAUUUGCAAGGGGAGGUUAUACCACAGAUUCAGGCAUCAACAUGGAAAUGAACGAGUUGCGGCUUCUCCGUCAGGCAGUCAGCGCUUCACUCACCUUUGCUGGAGAGCACACCAGCCCUGUGUGGGCGGCCACUGUUCAUGGAGCGUAUCAGUCAGGCCAACGUGCCGCAAAUGACAUUAUGUCCGGUGCACCAUCGACUUCAGAGUCGGCUUCAGCAAGUGUUGACGCCAGACAUUCUUGUUUUUUCUUGUUGUUCCUUUUUGCUGCUACCCAGGUACCUUAA